AUGCCAGUGGCCGUGUCCCAGCAGGAGCAGUCCGUGGAUGUCCCGAUGGUUUCCUUUGAGAAUUUUGCCGUCUGCUAUCGCCAGAAUGUGCACAAGCAGUCCCAGCGGAAACGCCUGGAACACCGUCUCCAUGCUACCAAGGUUUCCAUUGCCGUUUCCGCACGUUUGACGCGCAUUGGUGCCGCGGUUCAGCGUGGAAUGGUCGAAAGUCUGAAACAGGAUGAUAAGAUAAACUUUGUCAACCUCUACAACACCCUCCAUGAGCUCCAGGAAUCCUGUGAGUCUGCCACCCGGCGUCCCUUUCACCACCGGCAGGAUCCGUUGUUGGAAGAUGCCGCUGCCGUUGGCGAUUUGGAUUCCGUCUUGGACCGUUCCCCGGAUUUCUUCCGACAGUUGAGUCCGCAGUCCCAGACCGAUCUGCUUGACAUUCUACACUCCGUCCGUACGGAUCCCGAGUUUCUAUUUGAUCGACUGCGCAGCUUGACUGCUACGCAACUGGCCACCCUGGUGUCGUCUGCCACGACGUUGGAGGCCCAUGAUCCGUUAUUGCCCUCGAAUCCCCGAACUCGAACCUACCCGUUUGCUUCCUCUGCUUCUGCUACUUCUUCUGCUUCUUCUUUUACUUCUAAGCGCGUUUCUUCUGGAUCCCCCUUCCAAGACCAUGCCUUGGCAUGCGAGAGAACGGACGCGCUUGCGACGCUCUUGUUUAAUACGUUCGCAGCGCCCUUGGAUGCAGGUUCGCCGGAAGCGCGCUUGCGCGUGGAUGUGUGGUCCAGUGUCUGCGCCAAAUUGAUAACCCAUGGUGGCAACCGUUAUUAUCCGCUGGUCGGUCAUAUUUUGUCUGCAUGGGCCCUUUGCAGCGACUGGAAGGCUCGGCCCCAGUUCGAAUUGUACCUGAUGGAUAUUCUACAAACCGGUGCCUUUUUGUUGGAACAUAUAGACGCGCCAGCCGGUGUGGAUGCAGAGCCUAUAGACCCCCUGAAGACUAAUGUGGCCGAGGAAUUUUUUGCUUCUGCUGUGAACUCCCUAUUCAAUCUUCUGGAUGAUUCAGAUGCCGGGUUGCCCCAUUCCAUCAUGGAACUUGGCAGUGCUAUUCUGCAGAAACUGGGCCACACUGACUUACGCAACCGUUUUAUGGAGUAUCUCUUUGUCCAUUGGUUUUUCUCCAAAUUUCUUUACGGCGCCUUAGCUUAUCCGGAGGCUCAUGGUCUUCUACUCGAUUUCCAUAUCCGAAAAGAUGCACGAGAAAAGUUGUUGGGCCAGGUCGGAUUACGAGCUUAUUCGCAGGUGUUUACCGUACUCCGGUCAGCGCACCAUUCCGCGUUUCCUCUUCCCAUGGUUCGGCAGCAUGUUGACAGCAUGUUUCAUCGAUUCCAAAGCGUGGCUUCCAACGUUAAACUGGCGUCGAAUGACAAAUGCUCCCCACCAGCCCCCGAAAAAGUACGCCAGUCGUCUUCAGUGUUCCUUAUGUUGUCAGCCACAGAUGUCCUAUCCCUUCUGAACGUCCUCUUCCCCAGAGCACACACUCCCGUGUAUCAGCCUUCAACCCCGUCUAUUGGGUCGCCUCUCAGCUCCUCGCCCAACGGUCUUGGCGCUCAACCUGGCUUCUUCCGAUCUAGAGUGGAUCCCAGUACAGCUAGGGAAUCUACCAAUAACAAUUCAAUAUUUUCUACAGAUGCUGAAUUCCUGUCGCUUCCAGAUAAGAGUCUCGCUCAAGCGGCGGACCGGAUCCGCUUCGAGCUAUCGGACUUACUCGAGCCACAUGAGCACCGCGCUAACUUGGAGCAUCCUUCCAAUGAAGACUGGACUAUUUUCUCCGUCCCCUCGGAUGGAAAGCGCUUGACCUGGGGUCUCUUUUCGGACCAUUCACCCAGCACUGGUUCCGAUGUUUCAUCCAAUGAUGGUAUACAAUCCACCGCAUGGGGGGUAGAGAAGAACUACGAAGCACUGCAGACGGCCAUUGUGAAGCUUGUCAAAGAAGGUCAUACUGGUGAUUAUCCGGACCACGACUACCAGGACUUUUCUUCGAUAGCCAGUCAGUCCCUCGAACAACGGUUCGAUCAAGCGAUGACAAACUGCAACGAUGAUUCUGAUUUCAUCGGCGCGCAUUACUGGUGGAAUGCCAGUCGACAACUUGCCCGCAAAGUCGCCAGUCCCCAGGCCCAUUCCGCUGAUGACUCGUGGAUACUCCAUCCAAUGCAUGCUUCCUGUGCCCGCUCGCUGCAGAGAGCGAAUACUGUCAUCGAGCGCUGCGAAAGAGACUUUGUGGCUCUGGAUCGCAAAAUGCAGCGGCUGCAGAGGGUCGUCAAGGAUACCAUGACCACCGUCACCAAGCUCCGCAACAAAAUGUGGUACAUGACAGAUGUGAAGAACUCUAUGCGGUACGAGGACGCUAAAAAUGUCGCACUGGCGCUCAAGACGAUGAUCUAUUCCGCGCGUCUUUACAAGAAAGCGCCCACAGAGUCGCGAUCCCGCGGCACAAGAUCGUUUGGUGGAUCGCUACUGCAGAAGCCCGAGUUACAGGUGAUGGAUGUUAUCAAGGCUGCCAGCAGCCAGGGCGGCCCGAACAAACUGUCAGAUGAGCAGGUGGAAUUGACCCGCAAGUGGUUGUCUCAUAGCAACAUCGAUAACUUCUGCAGAGGUGAAGAACGCAUCCAUCGGUUCUGCUACGAAGUCAAGACCAGCAUCAACCGUCUCGUUGGCGAGACCAUGUCCGAGACCCCGGUCUUAUGGUCUAGCGAGCUUUUUCAGAAAGAGCGAGCAAAAUUCGAAGGUCCUCCUGCGCCGCGGAACUUUUUAGGCCUCUCAAAUCCCAGCAUACGGCCGUUUGGCGUUUCCAGCGAAGAUUCUGGUUACCAUUCAACAUCCGUUGGAAGCGGCAACCCGCGUCCGUCGGCGUCCGUCUCAAAGCUCUCUCAGGAUAUUCCAGCACUUCAGAGUCUCUUCUCCGACAAAUGGAAAUCCUCCAGAGAUUCGUCGGUCGCGGACACGUCAUCUAUUAUUGGAGACUCGCCAGGGAAGACUGCCUCAACCACGACUGGCGAUUCUUGUAGCACAUUCUGGUCUUCGCCUCAGCCACCCACGCACUACGCAGCCAGCGCAUCGAGUCUAUAUUCUCGUCCGCCUUCGAUGCUCAGCGACACCGUCUCACAACCACCACGCCGUCGUGAACGCAACAAGGCCCAUGAGAAGACAGUGUUUCUGGACGGGCUGAAGCAAACACUCACUAGUCUUCUUCUGAGCGACCUUGGAUCUCCGGUGUGGAGCUGCGGAAGCGAGACAGAUGCCUGGUUCGGCAAUGCGCUCGACAAAGAGCGCAUUCAGAUGCAGAUGGAAAAGCGUGCGCGUGUUCAGCGAUUCUACGACGAAUAUGAUGAGCGAUCCAGUCGGCCUUCUCUCUCUCGCACACCAACUGUCCUUCGGAAGAGCAGAUCCCUCGAGCAGCCUCGAGAGGCCGGACGACAUCCGGGUACCGCCACGGAGGAAUCUUCGACGGCAGCGACGGUCGGGGAUCAACUGCCACCGUUCUCGUACGAAACGGUAUUCCGUCGGUUAAUUGACGUCUUCUCACGCCACGGAAAUCCGUUCGUCAAGUUACAGGCGCUGCGGGAUCUUCGAGCCAUGGUUAUUGCGUCACUCAACACUUCGCACGAUGACCAAUUAAGUGAACAUGCGCGCGAAGAGCCCACAGGGCCAAGAAGGUCGAACCGCUAUAGCAUCUCUGGACCGAGGAAUGACCAAAAGGCUCAAGAGGAUGACGUUCAGACCCCAACCACUCCUGCCCCCGAGUCAGUUGUCUUUGACUCACGGCCAUCAGACUAUACAGCAGGUCCCACUGAAAAUCAGAUUGUGGAUGCUUUACGGAGCUUGAUCCUGGAAAUGAAGCCCAAGACUAUCUUCCGGGACUUGCAGUUCAUCUCCGCGUUUGUCCCUGGAGACACACUGAACAAGACUGACAGUGGAACAGCAUUCGUGCAAUUUGGUCUUGCUGCACUGAGCCUGAAAGAUGAAGUGUGCAACAGCAUGGUCGAGAUCGCGGAUGAGAUCGUAUCUAACGAACUUACUCGCCGCCACCUGCCGCAAGGAUCUGACUCUCACCGCAGACCGGGCCAUGCCAUCGAAGAUGCUGCGGGAAUGUGGAUCAUCACCGCCAAAGAGGGCAAUCCCGUCGCUCAGCGCGAGCUUGCCAUUCUUUACUUGACCCAUCCCGAGCUUCUUCCUCGAAUCACUCUACCGCUGACCCUACCGAGAGAUACCUUCAAGGCAGAGAUGAUGUAUCAUCGUGAUGAAGACUCAAAGUCUGACCCACAGAGUAUGUGUUUGGCACUGCACUGGAUGCAGCUGUCGGCCAAUGGAGGUGAUGAGCUUGCAAGGAAUCGACUCCGUGAAAGGGAGGAGUUUGAGUCGAUUGCUUGA